AUGGAGUCCGACAAGAAGGUGAAGAUUAUUGAGAAAGCCAUAAGAAACCUAAUGGAGGAGGAGGAGGAAGAAGAAGAAGAAGAAGAAGAAGAAGCUGCUGCUAAAGGCAACAACUCAUCGAGUUUCCCAAAAGCCUUACCUGAAGACCAAGCUUCUGCUAAAGCCACCAGCCGCAGGCAAUUCCUCUCCGACCUACUCUCUGACUUGGAAUCAAUGGAAGAAGAAGAAGAAAAAGAGAAAGCCAAGUCAGAUGAAGUUGGAAAUUCAGAAACAAUAAUGAAAGAGAUUAGAGUCAUAAAGAAGCAGAAUGUGACGACACAGUGGCUAUUGUCGGGGAUGAUCGUGCUCACGCUCGCCUGGCAGGUUUCGGAGGUGUCCCUCAUCCUCAAAAUCAAAGACGGCCUCACUAAUCCCUUCAAAUCCAUCCGAGGAUUCUUCAAAAGGAGUCGUCUCAAUGAUAACAAUAACAAUUUGCAGGAUAUGACAAGAGACAUGUCAGAGAAGCAAAACCGGGUAUUCGAGUCAACAUCCCUUCCGGGCCUCAAAAUUCCCCACUUGGAAUUCCCAGGUUUCGACGAUGCCGAGAGUGCACAUUAG